AUGGGGAGACUUUUCAUUGAACAUUUAGGUGGGAAACGUAUGUAUGUUUGUAAAAAAUGUAAUACAUACCUCACUAAUAAAGAUCAAAUGAUAUCUAGUAGAUUUACUGGAUCAACGGGACGUGCUUACUUGUUUGAUAAAGUUGUUAAUUUAGAAUAUUCUGAAAUGCAAGCGCGAAAUAUGAUAACAGGAGAUCAUUUUGUUCGUGAUGUUUCUUGUAAAGUUUGUAAAACAAAAAUUGGAUGGAUGUAUGAGUUUGCUUUUGAAGAAUCACAACAAUACAAAGAAAAUCAUGUUAUAUUGGAAAAAAAAUUAAUAAAAGAAGAAAAAGGAUUUGAUGAUCCUCUCAAUGGAGGUGACGGUGUCGAAACCCAUCAAUCUGUAACACCCAGUGAAUCCAAUUCAUCGACAUCAAUGACUGUAUCUGGUCCUAGUAACCCUUCUAGUAAUUCUAAUUCAAGUGUUUGUUCUACUGAGUUAAAACGUUCUAAAAAAAAUAAGGAUUGGCAAAAAGAAACUAAUCAAUCACUAGCUUAUGAUGGACAAUUAGAAAAAGCUAAAUUAGGAUUUACAAAUAUUAUCAAACAAAACAAAAAACGUGUUAGAUUUUCUAGUAGUGAAAAAAAUGUAUCACCACAAUUAGCUGUAUCUGGAUAUAUUACUGAAGGAAAUCAUGAUAAACCUGAAAUUGUUAAACGCGUCAAAAGUCCAAUUACCUCAUCAUCAGUACGAGAACCAUCAUUUAUAAACACUCCAUCAUCAUCUACCAAUGUUAGUGAUACUUCUAAUGAUAAUAAAAGUUCUUUCUCUAUUGAUAUUAACAAUUUACCAAUUGCUCCAAAAGAUAUUGACAUACAUGAUUACAUUAAAGAUUAUUUAAAAUUGGAGAUAUAUGAAGCUGAUGCUGAUGGUAAUUGUAUGUUUAGAGCUAUAAGUCAUCAAUUAUUUGGAACUGAAAAGAUGCAUUGGCAAAUAAGGCAAAGAGCAUUAGAUUUUAUCAAUGCUAACAAAUUAGAAUAUCAACAUUUUAUUUUGACUGAUGUUGAUGCUUAUAUUCAUAAACAACGUCAAAAUGCAAGUUUUGGUGAUCAUCCUGAAUUAUCUGCUAUAUCUUAUAUUUAUCGAAGACGAAUCGAAAUUUAUACUGUUCCUAUGGUUAGACCAACUAUUAUUGAAUAUGAAGAAGAUUAUGAAAAAGAACCAAUAAGAUUGUUAUUUAAGGAUACUCAUUAUGAUUCUAUUUAUGAUCCCUCAAGAAAAUUAUUUUCUAUUCCUGAUGUAAAUACAGUGUCACAAAGAGAUGAAUUUAAAAGAAAACCUAGAGUGAAAUGUUUAGAGGAACAAAUUGUUGAUGAAUGUUUAAAAGAAUCUGAAAUUGAAGCAAUUGAAAAUGCGAUGAUUGAAUCUGAAUUAAAAAAUACUGAAGCAUCAAUUGAUGAUGAAUUAAUUGCUGCAUCAAUUUUGGAAGAGUCUCGUUACAACUAUUUAGCAUCAAUUUUAAAUAAUAAAAAUGAAUCAAAUAAAAAUAAUGACAAUAAUAAUGACAAUAUUAAAGAUGAUACUAAAAAUAAUAAAAGUAUUGAAGUUUCAAAAGUUGAUUUGAAAGAUUAUUCUGACAAUAAAAAUAUAGAUAGUGUGGAUGCAGUAUCAAAAGUAAAAAAAGAAGGGAGUUUAUCUUUUUUAAUACCAAGAUCAAGAUCAAAUUUAAACGUUGAAAAUAAUGAUAAUUCUAAAUCAACAACAGAUUUUUAUACUUCUGCUCUAAUGGCAGCUCAUAAUUUAGAUGAAGAUAUUGAUCUUCAAGAAAUUUUAAUGGCUAGUAUGCAAAAUUAA